CUCUUCCUCCUCUAAGAAAUCAGACUCCAGCUGCUUUCUCCGUUCUUUCCCCUUUUGCUAUUUAAUUAAGAAGAGCCCGCCCGGGCACUUGGCCCUAUCCUAUUGUUCGCUGCCGCCGCGGUUUGCUGGCUGCUCGGCUGCCCGGGGCAGGGCUGGGGUAGUGUAGGGCGGGGUGGGUGUGGGAAGGAGUGAGCCUCCGAGCAAUGGGGCGAGAUGCAAAGGAGUCCUGCCGAGGCUGGAGCCAGCAGCGCGGAUGCCACAGCUUCUAGUAGGCUGGUCACGGCCAAGGGCAGAAGGUUGCUGAUCAAAGUCCCCGGGAAAGUGCUCCGAGGCCGCGUCCCAGAAAGCGAGAGAGAGAGAAAGUUUGCGUGCGUGCGUGUGUGAGUGUGUUUGAGUGUGUGUUGUGUGCACGCAUCUCCCCUCCCCCGCCGUGCCGGGCCGGCGGGGGGGCGGAAAGUCAGCCGCGCCCCCUCCAUCAUCCCUCUUCCCACCCUUCCCCCAGAUGUGCUGAGAGGCACCAGGAGGGAGGAGGAGGAGGAGGAGGAAGAGGAGGAGGAGGAAAAGCAGGAGGACCCGGCUUCUGGCUUGUGUUUUCUGACUUUCCCCAUCCUACCACCCAUGGAGGCUGCCGGGUCCUCGGCGAAAGCGGCCAAGGUCGGGGCAGGAAACGGGGGCAGCGAAGGGAGUCCUCCUCCUCCUCCUCCCCCUCCCCCUCCCCCUCCCCCUCCGGCUCCUCCGGGGUCUGCAGGGUCUGGGGAUUCGGAGCCCGCCCCUUCUUCGAGCCCCGCGGCGGGGCCGGACUCCCCGGCCCCUUCGCCGGAGCUUCCCGCUUACAAGCUACAGGACUUCGAUACUCUGGCUACCGUGGGCACAGGUACCUUUGGACGAGUUCACCUAGUGAAAGAAAGAACAGCCAAACAUUAUUUUGCAUUGAAGGUAAUGAGCAUUCCAGAUGUCAUUCGGCUAAAGCAAGAGCAGCAUGUGCACAAUGAAAAGUCAGUUCUGAAAGAAGUCAACCAUCCAUUUCUGAUCCGAUUAUACUGGACCUAUCAUGAUGAAAGAUUUUUAUACAUGUUAAUGGAAUAUGUGCCUGGAGGAGAACUUUUCAGCUACUUGAGAAACAUGGGACGGUUCAAUAACAGCACAGGACUAUUUUACUCUGCAGAGAUUAUCUGUGCAAUAGAAUAUCUGCACUCCAAAGAAAUAGUUUACAGAGAUCUAAAACCGGAAAAUAUAUUAUUAGAUAAAGAAGGCCAUAUCAAGCUCACUGACUUUGGAUUUGCUAAAAAGCUAGUAGACAGAACAUGGACACUCUGUGGGACACCAGAAUACCUUGCUCCAGAAGUCAUACAAAGUAAAGGUCAUGGAAGAGCAGUAGACUGGUGGGCUCUGGGGAUUCUGAUAUUUGAGAUGUUGUCCGGGUUUCCUCCAUUUUUUGAUGACAACCCAUUUGGCAUCUAUCAAAAAAUUCUUGCAGGCAAAAUAGAUUUCCCCAGGCAUUUGGAUCUCUAUGUAAAAGACCUUAUUAAGAAACUUCUUGUUGUAGACAGAACAAGACGACUCGGAAACAUGAAGGAGGACAUUGACAAGCUAGAAUGUGUACAGAAGAAGAUGACCAGAAUGGUGAAGGGGACUGGAAACCAUGCUAUACAAGGAUCAGUUGAAAGAAAGAAUGGAGCAGAUGAUGUGAAAAGGCACCGGUGGUUCAGAUCUGUGGACUGGGAUGCUGUACCCCAGAGAAAACUGAAGCCUCCUAUAGUGCCGAAGGUAUCCAAUGAUGGUGAUACAUCUAAUUUUGAAGCUUAUCCUGAAGAUGACUGGAACAAGACACCACCUGUGCCUCCUAAAGACUUAGAAAUCUUUAAGAAUUUCUGAGUACAGGGAACCACAUAUGGAAAGAAACUGGAAGAAGAUUUGGAAUGGUCUGAGCACAUUUGAGAAAAAGAACUGGGCACCUGCCAACAUGAAGAAAUUCCUUCACAUGGAUGAGGAAGUUUCCACGUUCAUAUAUGCACAUAUUUAUAUAAAAUGAAAUUGGAGGGCUGGCGAAGUUUAAUUUUAACUGUAUGGAUCUGGCAUUCGUUUAACAACUGUUACUACAUAAAAUCUGCUCAGUAGUAGAUUAUUUGAUUUUGCGGGUUUGUUUAGAUGUUAGUUGUUUAUCUUAGUGUUACUUUUCUGAUAUGCCAGACCUUUUUUUUUUGCUUUUGCUUUAUCUCAUAGACUUAACUUUAUAAGUUUAUACUAAACUUGUGACAUUGUAAGCACAAAUUAGUAUAUAUGUAUAUAAAGAAAACAAAAUCACCUAAGCACAGGGAUUGUGCAAAGAUGUAAAUGUUUGUACUUUGCAGAGUCUAUGAUUUUUAUUUUUCAGAUUUUUUUUUAAGAGUUUCUUCUUUGGGAAGAUAAAACUCUUAAUGGAUAAAUAAAUUUUUCAUCAUCUUAAACAUUUUAUAGUUCUUUAUAAAAAAGAAAUUAUGUUAAGAUUUAUAAUUAAAAUAUCCAGUGCUUCAUGUCUGUAACUAGAGUACUUGAAUGCCUGAGGAAAGGGGAGGAGGUACAAGUUUCAUCUUUAGUUCAUGAAAGCUCUGUUGAUUCAUGAGUGUUCAGAAAAGAAAAUUUCUUGGAAAUAUUUCACAUGCUAUUAUGCUCUAUGGUGUCCUGUUGUGUACUGGGACUUCUACUUAUUUAAAAUUAAAGUAUAAAUCUGGCACAUAAUACAGUGCCCAAGACCUUGGCCUCUAUUGUUUUUGGCCACAUGUAGAUUUUUCCCCCCUUUAAUUUAGGAAGGAGAGAAGAACUACACAACUGACAGGAUGUAAAACAUCCAAUGUACCAUGUAAAUUACUCAGAGAUUUGACUUCCAUUCAGUUCUGCAGAUGCAGCCUGUCUCCCUCUCAAAGAUCACCUGGGGUUUUAUGGUAUUAUUAGGGGGUAAAAUUGAGCUCCUAGACAUCACAACAAUGUACAUAAAUAAAAAGUUUUCCUCUUUUGAAUGUGUAUUUUAUAGUAGCCAGAUGUUAAGGUGAUACUUAGGGCUGAACUGCAAAAUAUGGGCUGAAACAGGUGUUCAUUCCAGAAGCAAGGAGCUUGCAGAAUUUCUGGGAAGUAGCAUGUGAACCUCUGCUCAUAGUUCAUUUCAUUUUAAAGCAUUCCCACUUCCUCCUACAUUCUUUUUCUCUCUUCCUGUUCUAAAAUUCCCUGGAAAUCUCCAAAGACUUUUUCCCCAACAAAAAAUAAUAAAUCUAGUUUGCAAAAUCAAAUUAUUAAUCUGUCAUCAGGUGUGUAUUCUAAUUAUGUCCUAUCUCUAUUUAAGAGGUAAACCCACCAAGCCCUCCCAUGAAGAGUCUCAGUGCUAAGGGUGUUUCAUAUAUAUACAUGUAUAAUAUAUCCAUACAUAUAUAAACACACACAUAUAUACAUACUAUAUAUCAACAUGCAGUGUGUAUAUGUUCAUGUGUACAUACACACAUACAUACACACAACAUUUAAAUAAGAUACGAGCAUGCAUUAAUUGGGCUCAAGUAGCAAAACAGAGCAAUUGCUCACUUGAAUAAGUUCUAUAUAAUGAACUAGAUCCAAGAAGUGAGCAGAUUAUUCUUUGAGUAUUGCAUUUUCUUUUUUUCUCCUCUAAGUCACUAAAUGUUUAGUUUCCACAUUUUGAAGAAAUUUAGCAAAUAAUACUCAUGUAAGUGAAAAAUGAGAGUGUGCCUCUCAAUUUGCUGUCCCCUAAAGUGCCUAACUCACUGUGCAUUUAAGACAUUAUUUAGUAAAACCUGUUGGAUUUGUGUUAUGCAAAACAAAAAUUUUUUUUAAAUCCACAGGCACUGUUUUUUAAGAGAGUGAAAUGGAAGAGAUGUACUUUAUGUGGGUCUUCCUAAUGGUUUCAGAUAUUUUCUGGUUCAAUGAUUUUGAUGGCUUCAUAUUGUGAUACUCAUUUGACACAGAGAUUAGUUUCUGAGUAGCAAGAUUUCAGAAAACAAAACAAAACAAAAAAAACUUCCUAUCAUGUUUGAGGCCAGUGGUUGAGAUAGGUUUUUUAGUGUACUGGGAAAUGAACUAACUUCAAAGAUAAGUUUCCUAAAUGCCUUCAGAGAAACCUGACAUGCCAUGAAAAAAAGAAGUCACUGUCCCAUUCUCAGUCAUAUCAAACUUAUAGAUUCCAAUUAAGCAUUACCAAAAAUCUGGGAUCUAUGCUCAGCAAAAUUCUAUUUAGAACUAGUAGCCCAAUGAGAAAAAUUUUUAAAUACCUUUUAAAAGAGUAUUUAAAUUCGACCCAUAGAUCUGUGUAGAGCUUAGUCUUUACUUCCCCUAAUAUUAGGUAUUAAGAUCAAGGCCAAAGGUUGAUAGGGAUUCAACAAUAAAUUUCUGAGGUAAAAUGUGAUCUAACAUUAAAAGACAAAAUCAGUAAAAUGACUGCCAUAGUUUACUGAGAUAAAAACUUAGAGCUACCAGAGGUGAUAACCCAAGUCUAGUGCCACCUGACUUUUUAAUCACAUUUAUUCUUAAGGAACUUUUUCCUUUUAAAAACCUUCUAAUACAGAACAAAUUGUUUUGAGUACAACUUUAAACUGUACAUAAGUUCAGUGCACUAGUGUCUGUAAUUCUUUGGUUUACUACUUUGUUACCUUUCAAAAUUUAAUGUUGAUAUUAAAUCGAAAUAGUAUAGAAAGCAUGAAAUAUAUUUGCCUUAUUUCUGAAUAAAUAUGCAGGAAAUACAGAUGUGUUAACAUUGGUUACAUUGCUCUUUUUCAGAAAUGUAAUCAGCCUUCAGUAGGAUGAAAAAAGUGGGAAUUAAAAAGAAAUUUCAAAGACAUUUGAUGGUGUUAAUAAGUACAGAGUGAACAGUCGAGCACAUUUCAAGAUUUUAUUUAAGUGCCACAUGUUAACUGUUCACUAAUAGGCCAUAAAUUAUCACUUCAUAUAGUGUGAUAUUACAUAAAUGUUGGUUGUAACAAAUAAUAAACCUGGAACAAUCAUUAAAAGUAGCUAAGGAAAUAGUUGAAUGUGUGUAUAGUUGGACAUUUGUAUUUAUGUGGUCAGUUAUAAUUGCAAAAUUUAAAAAAUUAUGGGGUACAUGUCACAGAGUUUGUACACCAUUUGAAGUACCAUUUUGAUUUUUGACUUGCUGAUAUUUGUAAGUUUGCAGUAUUUUCUGGAAUCUGAAUACUACAAAAUUUCUUAUUUAUAAAAUGCACAAAUUGCUAUACUGAGCGUAUUGAGGAUUUCAUUUUCAACUGGUAAAAUUGUCAUUUCUGCCUUCAUUUUUAUGAAUUAAGCCAAGGAAGAAAUAAAAUUAAUAUUUUACUUUAUAUUAUAUAUGCACAAUUUUCCAUCUUUUCACAUCAGAAAAUUGAUUUUAGGCAUGAAUAUAUCCAUUGCUGGCAAUGGAUACACUCUGACUUCUGGUACCAACAUCUCAGAGUCAAUAGAAGAAAUAGAAGUCAUGGGAUAUUUGCAAACAUACAUACUUUUGUGAUAUGUGUGUAUACAUAUAUCCAUAUCCAUCCACUCUAGAUCUAUGCAUAUGGAACCAAGAAUAAUUGGUUUGUUUUUAUAUGAUUUCCAGUACAAUUCUUUGUUUCUUUCCUUCAAAUUGUACAUAUUUUUGAUAAAUUAUUUUUAAAUCCUACUAAAAGAAAUGAAGUAACCCUAACCAGGUGAGAGGUUUGAGAAGAUGAGUUGUCAUUUAAGUAUAUGGCCUAGAUGGUGGUUGUUAAGAUUCUAUACCUUUCUCAUGGUGUUAACUGAAAAGUAAGGGGUACAGACUCCCUUAGUAUCAAGGAUUGAUCCUAGAAGUAUAAUGUGUCUACACAAUGAAGUGAAAAACGUCAAUAGGAUUUAGUGAUUUGCUAUACUGCAUACUGACUGGUCGAUUUGUUUUGGAGUAACAAAAUACAUCCACUAUGCCUCUUUUUUUUUUUUUUUAUUUUGGUUUGAAAUGUAUGGUCUCAAUAUUCUUUAUACUUGGUUCCCUUUGCUAUCAUGCAUUUUAUAUAUGUUGAACAGUUUCUAUGUAUUACCCUCCUCCCCCCACUACAGUACAAAGGGUCUUACUAUUACUUCAUCAUAAGUGAACAAAAUGGACCUAUUAUAAAAAGAAUUUUUAAAGCAGGUUCAAAAUGUUUUUAUUUUUUAGAGUGUUCAUUUAUUCAAGAAUUUAUUAAGCCCCUAGACUUAAUGAUGUCCCUUUGCAAUCCCUAAUGCUCCAGGCAACAAGGAUACAAAGGGCAAACCCCAAACAGACCUUGCCCUCACAGAGCAUAGAUAUUAUUGGGGAUUGGUCAUUUCUGUUUAUUUCUAACCCACCAUAAGGUUUUAGGGUAAAACUUGCUUUGUGAAUGCAAUGGAAACCAAUGGAAAAUUGCUUGGUGGAGAGCAGAUUUCUACAACCCACUACAACCAUAGCAAGUGACUUAUUGAACAUUAACUGACUUGAUCUUCCAUUGUCAAAACAUCAUCAAUUGAGUGAAAACUCAAUUAGGUACUAAACUUAUGGUUAAUGGAUGAACCAGGAUUUCAAGGCUUAAAGGUAGUGAAAGAUGUGAUCACUGUUCAGUCCAUUGCCUUGAGGUCCUAAAGAACUGUACUGUAGUGCUUCCUUAUGCUAGAGGAUAAUUCUUCAUCUUUAACAACAAAAACUGUAGCAUGAUUUUUUUGGGUCCUAUUUAGAAUACAGACUUGCCAUAUUCUACGUUUUUCUAUGGCAAACCUGACUACCUUAUGAACAGUAGGAAAUAAUAACUCGCCACAGGUUUGUGUACUUCAUAGCUAGUUUUAAAUGAGAAAUAGGCAAGGUUAUUUUAGACUCACUGAUAUUCUUGGUUGCUAGACCUCAAUCAUGUGUAAAAGUACUGUCCAAAGUCAUGUCAAUUUCAUUGCACAAUAAAAUCACUGUGAUUUGUAUAUAAGCCCUAGUGAAAUGUUACUGCUGUUUAAUUUAUAUAAUGCCUGUUGAUUUCUGGAUUUGUUUAAUAAACCUUUGUAUCUUUU